AUGUCUAGAGAUACAUAUUGUAGUGGAACAUUUAUUGGUCAACGUAUUUCUGAUGAUUCAAUAGAUUUGAAUAAUACAGAAGAAAAUCGAUUGAAAUUUACAUUGUGUUUUACUCCAACAAAAAAUUAUCCAUCGGUAUUUGGUGGAGGAUUAUAUGAUUCUUAUUUAAGUAUUAUUCAUGGAACUUAUAAUGGAACAAAACGAGAAUGUUCAAUGAUUGAAAUAAUAAAUGGUAUAUCAACAUAUUCUUAUCAAUGUAAAUUAAUAAUUGAUAGAUCGAAGGGUACAGCUUAUUUACAUGGAACAUGGAAAUCAUUAAUUAAUUCAAAUUUAUUUGGAAAAUUAGCUAUGAUUUGUGAAGAAGAUAUUCCAACGGAUUUUCUUUCAGGAAUAUGGAUUGGUCAGUCAGAUCCCGAUGAAGAACUUCAUGAUUUUUUCAUACCUAUAAAUCCAAUUCGAUGGUGUAUAACAAUUUUUCGAACGCAUAAUGAUCAAUGGAAAUUGUAUGGCAGCGGAUAUUUUAAUGAUUCAGCUGAUAUUCCUGAUCAACCUCUUCUAUUUUUUACAUUAGAAGGAAACGGUACUUUAGAUGAUAUGAAUAUUAUUAAAAAAUAUAAUACAAAUACAGAUUAUACAGUAGAAUAUCGAGGAAAAUUCAUUGAAUUAGAAAAUAAAAAUUUUCAAUUUCAAGGACGUUGGUCAAAUUUAACAGCAGGAAGUUAUGGAUCAUUUUUUGCUAAACAAUUUCGAUUAAAUCCAUUAAUAUCCUAUAGACUUGAUAUAUGUAUAUGUGAAAUUUGUGGAAAUGCAAUCAAUCCUGGUGAUAAUCGUUGGUGUUGUUUUCAAUGUACUUAUAAUACAUGUUCUUCUGGAUGUCAUCUUAAUUCAUUAGCUACGAAUCAUAAACAUGAAUUAAUUGUUGAUAUUCUUCCUUGUCAAACAGUAGCACAUGGAGAUACUUCAGUUGAAUUAAUUGAAAAUGCAUUUCAACUAUUUCAUUUAUCACCACUUCUUAUCUAUAAAAAUCAAGAAACGAAUGAAUUUACUGCAAUGAGCUAUGGAGAAAUGUUUGAUAAAUGUAUUAAAUUAUCAAAAUAUUGGAAAAAUUUCGUUGCCAAUGCUAACAAUGAUAAUCGACCAUUUAUUUUAUUAAUUUGUAAUACAUCACCUGCAUAUAUAUGUUGUUUAUUAAGUGGACUUUUAUUACAAUCAGUGAUUGUUCCAAUAAAUGGUUCAUUACAUAUCGAUGCUAUUAAACAUACAUUAUCAAUAACUAACCCAUCAGUAAUUGUUAUUGAUGAACAAUAUUAUGAUAAAGUUUGUCCAGUAUUAUCAUCCAAUCAAAAAGAUUCUUUAAUGAUUAUUUAUAAACAUGAAGAACAAUUUCUUCAUCAAUCAAAAACAAUGAAUAAUACAACAAAUAUAAUUUCAUUAACAAAUGCUCUUGAAUUUGGUGAGACAAGUUCAAUUGAUAUAAAAUCAUCAUUUAAUUUAUCUUCGACAACAAUCUCAGCAAUACUUUCAACAUCGGGUAGUACUGGCUAUCCAAAAGGUGCUAUAUUUACAGAAGAUUUGAUUGUUCCAACAGAUAAUUUUACCUUAAUAUCACCAUUUAUACGUAUUGAUUAUCAACCAUUUGAUCCAACAAUUCUCUUAUCGUUAAUGACUACAAUUCGUUAUGGAAGUAGUCGAGGUUUAACUAAUUUAAAUAAUAUGUGGAAUGAUAUUAAAUAUAUAAAACCUACAAGUCUUGGAUUAACACCACAAUUAUGGAAUUUAAUUUAUAAAAAUUAUUUAAGUAAAUUAAAUGAUAAUUUAACAUUGAUGGAAAAGGAAAGUGUUGAAAAAGAUAUUCGAAAUGAUUUAGGUGGAAGAGUUCAUGUUGGAACAUCAGGAGUCAAUACUUCAUCAAGUGUUCAAACAACUUAUGCAUCAGAAUUGACAACGAACAGUUCAACGUAUUUCCAUUUGUGUUCAAGUUUAAGUACUUACUAUGAAGCGAUACAAGUGACUGUUCAUGAAAGUGGCCUUUACACUUUCCUCAGCCAUGGCUAUAUGCACAAAUACGGCUCUAUUCACAAAGAUUAUUUCAAUCCAUCCAAUCCAAGUGAAAAUCGACUCCCAGACGAAGGUACCCCCUGCAAUGACAAUCAGUUUAGAUUCACAGUUGCUCUUGAAACCAGUAUCGCAUAUAUAUUGAUUGUAACAACAUCUGAAUUCAAAAUGACAGGUGAAUUCUCAAUCUCUGUUUCUGGCCCAAACGAUGUUAAUCUCAAGAAUAUUACUUCUCCAUCAGUCAUCGAAAUACCAUAUUCAUCAGCUGAACAAUCAAUAUAUUCAUCAGAGUUGAAUACGAGUAGUCAAACAUAUUCUCGAGAUUGUCGAAAAUCAAAUUAUUACUAUCAAACUAUAAGAGUGAAUGUCAUGGAAACUGGAUACUAUGCUCUGAGUAGUUCCAGCAGUAUGGAUACAUUUGGUUAUAUUUACGAAGAUGAUUUUAAUCCAAUGAAUCCUCUCGAGAAUCUACUCUCACAGGAUUAUCGAGCAUGUAGUUAUCAAGAUUUCAAGCUUAUUGUUUAUCUUUACACUGGUACUACAUACAUAUUAGUGAUGACAACUUCUUCUCCAAAUAUGACAGGGGACUUUGACAUUAAGACAUCUGGUCCAAAUAAUAUCACUCUUGAUCGUUACACUCAAGCUUUGACCAGUUGUUUCAUCGGUCAAAAAUGUCAGUUCUAUAAAAAAAGUAUUGGUGUCAUUCUCGAUGAUAUUUUACGUGACGAAAUUCGAUCGAAUAUGACACUGGCUGACCAAACAAUAUUGAUGAAAAUCAAUGCCGCUUCAACGAUGAUUAUGUUUGCUGGAGGUUUAAUCAAUAGUAUUUUGUCUCUAAUGACAUUCCAAAGUGAAGAUCUACGACAAGUUGGAUGUGGCAUCUAUCUCUUAGCAUCAUCAAUUACUUCUUUUCUUACAAUCAGUAUGUUUACAGUGAAGUUUUGGUUUGUUGUUCUCACUCAAAUGAAUCUAUCGAUUCGUGUUUCUGUUGUUCGAGGAGGUUGUGUAUCGAUCGAACCUCUUCUCAAGCUUUGUCUUUAUUUGGAUGCAUGGCUCAAUGCUUGUGUAGCUAUUGAAAGAGCGAUUCUCGUUCUCAAAGGAAUCAACUUCAAUAAACAAAAAAGUCAACGCAUAGCGCGAUGGAUAAUUCUCAUCUUACCAUUCUGUAUUAUGGGUUCUAUCAUUCAUGAACCUAUAUACCGAGAAUUGUAUGAGGUAAAUACAAAGACAAGCAAAGCGGAUAUUGAUAAAUGGUGUGUAACUCGUUAUUCUUCUUUUGUUCAACAAUACAAUACAAUCAUCCUAUUUUUUCAUCUUGUUGGUCCAUGUAUUGUCAAUCUUUGUUCUGCUUUAUUCAUCAUAUUUGGAUCAGCCAGACAACGAGCAACAGCUCAAACAAGACGAACUUUAAAAGAACAUGUUUAUGAUCAAUUUAGUGAACAUAAACACCUAUUAAUCAGUCCGAUUAUUCUUCUAAUUCUAUCCUUACCCCGUCUGAUUAUGUCAAUGUUAUCUGAAUGUGUGAAUCCAUCAAACCACCGAUUAUUAUUUAUUUUUGGUUAUUUCAUUUCAUUUACUCCAUCGAUGCUUAUCUUUAUUGUUUUUGUCCUACCAUCAGCAUUGUACAGAAAAACAUUUCAAGAAUCAUUCAGACGAUGGCGACGACUAAUUCGUCACUAA